AUGUUAGGCACAAAAACUAUGUUAAGAGGUCUACAAACCACCAAUAGUAUCUCAAAAAGAUUAAUCGCUCAAAACUUAACCAAAAUGUCUCUUUCUACAUCAUCAAGACUACUAAAGUCGACUUACAGAAUCCCAGAUUUUGGUGAUGUCGUCAAGGAAAAUAGAACCAAUGAUAAGUCAAGAGUCUACACCUAUUUCAUGGUCGGUUCCCUUGGGUUACUAUCUUCUGCUGGUGCCAAAUCCACUGUGGAAACUUUCAUAUCUUCAAUGAGUGCCUCUGCUGAUGUCUUAGCUAUGGCUAAAGUCGAAGUCGAUUUGGCUGCUAUCCCAGAAGGUAAGAAUGUUGUUGUCAAAUGGCAAGGUAAGCCUGUGUUCAUUAGACACAGAACUCCACACGAAAUUCAAGAAGCUAACUCAGUAGAUGUCUCUGCUUUAAAGGAUCCACAAACUGACGCUGACAGAGUACAAAAACCUGAAUGGUUGAUCAUGUUAGGUAUAUGUACCCAUUUGGGUUGUGUCCCAAUCGGUGAGUCUGGUGAUUUCGGUGGUUGGUUCUGUCCAUGCCAUGGUUCCCAUUAUGAUAUCUCUGGUAGAAUUAGAAAGGGUCCUGCUCCAUUAAACUUAGAAAUCCCAAAGUAUGAAUUUAAAGAAGAUAAAGUUGUUAUUGGUUAG